AUGAACGAUCAGCUUUCACUACGAACUCGUCCUUUCCGGUGUAUCGGCAGCGAUAAAAUGGCAGAAAGAGGUGGCAAUAAUGGCAAUCUCAAUGACCGCAUCCCGUUCCAGGCACAGCCAAAAUCAAAGUUUCCCGACCCAUCCUGCUUGAACGGCAUUGCAAGACGUCCGCCAACUUCACCAGCCAAUUUUGCGAGUAAGGAAGCAAAAGCGAAAUAUUGCGGCAGGCCCAUCGCAGACUACGGGACCGCCUGUGUUGACCGUAAGGUCCGUACUCGUCGAAAGACAUAUGCAGCCCAACGCGAAAAGGUU